AUGUAUGCGGAUAUCAGCAAGCCCCCUGCGCCACUGCCAAAGGCUGAACCACAGUGCAUCAGCGAGGGCGUCACGUUGCUGCCGCCGCUCUCGCGCCGAGGCUACGGAAAGGGCCUCAUUAUACUGCAACAUGAUUCGACGCAACACCUGGACAUUGUCGAAGGAGUACCCUCUGCUCUCAUCAAGUGGGCGGAAGAGGGUUUCGUCGUGGUGGAGAUCCAAGCCAAGGCGUUGACUAAUCCGAGCCUUGCCACAGAUGUCUUACAGACUGCUUUGAAAGCACUGAAAGACUGCAGCAAGCUGGAGAAAGAUAGCAGGUUCGGAGUUGUCGCGUUUGACCCAACGUUAUGGAAUAAGAUUGCUGGGGUGGCUUGCAUCUUCCCAGAUAUUGUGGGAGCUGUUACCGAGGGCAUCGCCACGUAUCGAUACGCAAAGGCUAAGUCAUUCAGGCUUGCGACGCCAUUUCAUGAAGAUUUCGAUUACUGGUCAGAGUCUCUGUCUCACACCAGAAACUUGACAUUUCUCAAGUCGCUUAUUGGCGGGCCUUACUUCGAUCUUGAGGCUAUCUGGGAUGAGCAUACAUACUAUGAGUUCGCGGACCGCUCUGUUGAGCAUACCAUGAGCACAAUGGUUGAUCAACCAUAUGUGAACCAUGUCCCCACACUGACGGGUGGCAUCGGACGAGGGCCAUUAACACAAUUCUACCGCAACAACUUCAUUUUCAAUAACUCUCAAGAUACAGAGUUAGAACUCAUCAGCCGCACGCUUGGUAUUGACCGCGUCGUGGACGAGUUCAUCUAUAAGUUCACACAUGACACGGUGGUCGAUUGGCUUGUCCCUGGUAUCCCGCCAACGUACAAAAAGGUGGAAAUACCCUUCACUGCUGUUGUGAAUAUUCGUGGCGACAGGUUGUACCACGAGCACAUUUCAUGGGACCAGGGAACCGUCCUGGCUCAACUUGGUUUGAUGCCGCAGUACCUUCCCUUCCCAUAUCCGAUCAAAGGCCAAGAUGAUGGGGCAACUUUUGAGUACCGCGUGCCAGUCCUAGGGAUCGAUACUGCGGAAAAGAUGAGGGAUCGGAACUCUGUUGUAUCAAACGACAUGUUUAAUUUCAAGGUGCGGAAAUCAUGA